AUGGCUCCACCCAUGAAAGCGCCGACAAACAUGUGGUCGAAAGGCUCAGCCCUCGUCGAGCGUUUGAAGGAAUUCUACACCGGCAAGAAAGAAACACCGCCCCUCAUAUCAGAACGGACGGCCCUCCUCUGCGCAAUCGGCUUCACGGUCCUUUACGUGGCACCUUUCUACCUCUCCAAGACUCUCAGAACAUCACCGCUAGUCUCCCGAGACUCCCCAGCCGUCAUCAGAGCCCGCGUCCGCGCUGUAGGCCUCAGCUGCCUAGCCUCCACCGUUAUAGCGGUCUACGUCCUCGCUACAUACGGCCAUGCAACGCCUCGAGAUGUCCUCCGCCUCUUUGCCAUGUGGCCUGUCGAUCCGACAGAUUGCCUCAAAGUUCUGGGUCUAGUCUGCGUUCUCUUCGUCGGUCCCCUCUACGAAACCCUCAUCGCCGACUCCGCCUGGCGAGACCUCAGCUUCAAAGCUAUCAAGGAGAACUUCUGGGAUCAUCUUCCCGGGUUCAGGAAUUAUGUCGUUGCCCCUUGGUGUGAGGAACUUGUCUUCCGGAGUUUGGUGAUAGGACUCUACCAACUAGCGAAAGUCUCGCCAACACGGAUUGUCUUCGUUACGCCACUCAUCUUCGGCGUGGCGCAUGUACACCACCUCGUUGAAUUCUGCCAAUCCCGGACACCACCAGGACGGAUCAUCCCACCGGCGAAUGUAAUCCUCAUGGGCGUGGUGCAGAGCCUUUUCCAGUUCACGUACACCACCCUCUUCGGCUUCUUCGCGGCAUUCGUGAUGCUGCGUACGGGGAAUGUCUUUGCGUCAGUCACGGCGCAUACGUUUUGCAACUGCAUGGGACUUCCGAGGAUGUGGGGCAGGGUUGGACAAUUUGAGGAGUGGGAGGGACACAAUGUCACGCCUGAUGUGGCGCAGGGCAAGAGGGAUGAUAGUCUGGAUCAGGUGAGGGUUGGGAAUAGCUUGAUGCAGGAGCAGAGUGAGGAUGAGAAGCACGCGGCCGAUGCGAUGAAGACGAGGAAGAGAAACCUUGGUGUGGGAUGGACGGUGGUGUACUACUUGUUGUUCUUUGGAGGUGCCUAUGGCUUCUAUAGACUGCUCUGGACGUUGACGGAGAGCCGGAAUGCUUUAGUGCAUUUUUGA